AUUUCCUGUUUGAGCGAUGGACGUCGACGUUUUAUUGGAAGCGUGUCAAGCACCCCGUUCACGAUCCAGCGUCUCUGUGAACUGCUUGUGAACCCCAAAAGAUACUACACAGAACCAGACAAGUUCCUCAGGGGUUUGGAGAAGAAUGUAAUGGUGGUCAGCUGUGUGUAUCCUACACUGGAGAAAAAUGUGGCAACAAGUGUAAAGGGAAUGAAUGGAAUGUUUCCUGGUAAUUCUUCAUUAUAUUCAGGCAGUGAAACUGUGAAUGGAUCAGGUACUCCAGAACCUCUUGGCAGACCAAAGCUGUUAUUGUCUGCUUCGCUUUCAGCUAACGGCCUUCCUGACUGCACAGCCAGAGAAAACCCACUGCAAACCACAGAGGAAUUGGCCAAACACUGUAUAAGUGAUUCCUCACUCUCCCAAGGUGAAAGUAAUUUAAGCAUUGGUCUAAAGAACAAACAUGGAAAUGAGGAUUCUGAAGUUGACAAGCACGAGGUCAAGAGGCUUAAGUCUGACAAAGAUGGUGGUGAAAUGGAGAGUGAAGAGAAGGAAUUGUCUUCUUUUAAAUGGGUUGAGAGACUGGCGAUACCGGAGCAUUUAAAGGACUCUUGUGAGUCCAGCAGCAUGCUGACAGACACGUCUGAGGGGAUGACUGCCUUGCGACUGAAGAACGACAGCACUGAGGACCGUCCUGAUCAACCUGCACAGCCUGAGACAAGUACAGACUUUGAACAGGACAGCACUAAUACUGAGACAAGCCACAAGCGUGUCCAAUCUUCAAAGUAGUUGUUCAGGUGGCCUGUCAGUAGAACAUGCCGCUGACAAUUGAAACAUCACAGAAACUUUACUUGAUCCUAUGGAACAAGACUAACUGCAAGUGUAGCCAAAUGACUGUUAUGAUACUAUGUGAUACCAGUAGCACUGUGGACUUGAGACCCAGAGGAACUCCUCACAGGAGGAGAUUUUUAUUCCCUUCAUUUGCAGCCAUUUCAGACCACACAUCCAUCGGUCUUUAAACUGGAAAGAGGCAAUUUAUAGAUGAUUAUGAAGACAUCUUUUUCCACUCCUCAAUAAUAAUCCCCCCCGACUUUUAUACAUUUAUAAACCAGCCUUUAUUUUUGUAUGUCCAAAAUAAUAAUUUUGAUAUUGUAAUAUCUUUGGCUGAAGCAUAGCUGUUUUGAUUGUCUUAUAUUUGAGAUCUGGGUAGCAGUGUUGCCUCACAGCAAAAAGGUCAUGGGAUCGAUUCCCACACGUGGCCUUUCUGUGUGGAGUUGUUCUCCCUGUGUUUGCAUGGGUUCCCCAAGAGAGCCAGGCAGACAGAAAGUUAAUUUGGCUUAAAGCUGCAGUGUACAGGAUUUAGGAGUGAUUAUUAGCAGAAAUGGAUCAUUAUCAUAGAAUCUGAAAAAUAUUGUUGUUUUUUUUUAUCACUUUGGUUGCUGCUACAGAUAUUUGGGAAUUUAAAAAAAAUACAAUACUGAUAUCUGCUGAUAUAGGCAUAAAAAAAUGUCAUUGUUCCUAACAGUUUAUUAUAAAUCCUUAAUGAUGAAGAAAUGUAAUGGUGAUUUACAGUGUAAACAUGAACUUUAUUGUAAAUAACUAUAAAUAUAACAACCAUACAAUGUACCUCACUCUGCCUUCACUUGGCUUGGCAGUCGCUGUGUCACAUCACUCAUAAAAUAGAUUUCUCAUCUGUCUUGGGGGACCUUGUUGUUGCGUAGUGACCACUUGUGUGGUGUUGUUACAAAAUGCCCACUGUGAUUAAAAAAAAUGAAUGGCA